AUGCCUGGAAGUUCGAACAAGGCAGUAUGGAAUGGAGAAGGUCACUCGAAAUCAUCCCAUCACUUCUCCAAACACCCUCCUACCUCACACACCGCCGAUAACCAGAGCCUCCGAGACUAUCGUCUUCGGGAAUUCAGAAAUGAUAUCAGGAGUGUAACUCUUGCGGACGUUCAAGCUGCUGCCGCAAGUAGGUUUGGUACUACCAGCUCGGCAACGGAUGCCACCAAAGAUUCCUCUAAGAAGGAGUAA